AACAUGGCAGGAUGGGAUCUAUUAAAGAUACUACUUGAUGAGGUCCAGGAACACUCCACGCUGGUUGGGAAGGUCUGGCUGACUGUCCUUUUUAUCUUUCGAAUACUCAUCCUAAGCCUGGCGGGAGAGUCUGUCUGGGGAGAUGAACAAUCAGACUUUAUCUGCAACACAGAGCAGCCUGGCUGUGCUAAUGUCUGUUAUGACAAGGCUUUUCCCAUCUCGCAUGUCCGUUACUGGGUGCUGCAAUUUCUGUUUGUCAGUACCCCAACUCUGAUUUACCUUGGUCAUGUGAUAUACCUUUCCAGAAGAGAUGAAAAGCUGAAGCAGAGUCUAAAUGAGCUAAAGGCCAUGGAAGGAACAGGACCAAAGGCAGAAAAUAACAUUCAAGAGGUAGGGGCAGGAAAGAAGGUAAAAAUUCAAGGAGCUCUGAUGUGCACCUACACUACAAGUGUCCUCUUCAAAAGCUUUUUCGAAACUGGAUUCCUCCUUGGUCAGUGGUACCUCUAUGGCUUUGUGAUGCUUCCAAUUUAUGUAUGUGAGAGGGACCCAUGUCCUCAUAAGGUAGAUUGCUUUGUUUCCCGCCCUAUGGAAAAAACCAUCUUUAUUCUUUUCAUGUUGGUUGUGUCUCUAGUCUCCCUGCUUCUCAACCUUCUAGAGCUUUUGCAUCUCUUCUUCAAAGAGCUCCACCACAGGGUAAAGAAUGGCACACCAGAACGGCUUUCACAAGAGGGACAAAGCAGGCUCAACUUGCAACAGUCUUACUUGCACCCUUCCUCCAGUUCUCAAGGAACUGAGCUGCCAGCUUACAAUAAAAUAUCUGGUGGACAAACCUGGGCCAGUAACCAGAUGGACCAAAAUGUAAACAGUAAAGUAAAGUCUCCCUCUGACAGCUGGUCCCAAAGUGGUAUAUCCAUGUUGCUUUCCAGUCCUCCAGUUGCUAACCUGGUUCCAGUUGUUUGCCCUUCCCAGGCUCCUGCUAAGCAACAAUAUGUGUGAUGUAUGUAUCGCUAUGGUAGACUCACGCUGGUUAAUCCCGCAAAAUAGACAUGAGUUUCUGCACAAGGGUGAGCAGUUAAAAA